AUGGGGGGCCCGCCAGCAGCAGCAGCAACAGCAGCAGCAGCAGCAGCAACAGCAGCAGCAGCAGCAGCAGCAGCAAUAGAAGAAGACAAGAAAAUACGCACUAUGGCUGCUUCUGAAGUCGACAAAGACGCAGCAGCAGCAGCAGCUGCUGCUGCUGCUGCUCCUGCAGGAGUUGCUGCAGCAAAUGGUACAGAUUCGUCGUCCGCAGCAGCAGCAGCAGCAGCAGCAGCAGCAGCAAGAGUACCGCCUCUCUCUGAAGCAGCAGCAGCAGCAGCAAAAUCAACAAAUGCCCUCAACUUUGUGCUGCAGGCUAGCAGGAGCCAGAGUCUAUCCAGUUUAUCUGCAGAAUUAGAUAAGGGGGCGCUGCUGCUGCAGGAGGCGCUGCUGUCUCUUUUAUACAGCAGCAAGAGCAGCAUUGCUGCGCUGCAGGAGACACUUGUUGCUGCAGAUAAAGAUUUUGCUGCUCUUUGUGAGCAGCAGCAGCAAGCAGCAGCAGCAGCACAAGUACAGCAGCAUUAUAAUGAUCUAUUAUAUACACGCAGCACCGUGCUGCUGCUGCUGCAGCAGAAGCAGCAAGCAUUAAGGAGACAGCAGCAGAGCCGUCUCUGUCUUAGUAGUUAUAAUUGUCUCCUUAGUAUUGCAUGCACACUACGUUCGUCUCUUAAUAGCAGCAGCAGCAGCAGCAGCAGCAGCAGCACAAGUGGCAGCAGCAGGGAGCAACAGACAGGGCUGCAGCAGCAGCAGGGAGCAGCAACUCCUGCUGCUGCUGCAGCUGCUGCUGUUGAGUCGUUGCUCCAAGAGCUGCAGCAGCUUAUUCUACCACCAGAUAUGCAGCAACGCUGCAGCAGCAGCAGCAGCAGCAGCAGCAAUAGCAGCAGCAGCAACAGCAGCUGCAGGCCGGAGACUAGUGCAUGGGAGGCAGCAGCAACAGCAGCAGCAACAGCAGCAGCACGACUAGACAAUGCUGCUGCGCUGCAGCAACUGCAGCAGCUAAUGCAGCAAGCAAAAAACGUGGCGCGUCAAGCCAUAGGAGAGCAACCGCAGCAGCAGCAGCAGCAGCAGCAGGAAAGCCAUCAGCAGCAGCAGCAGCAGCAGCAGCAGCAGGUGUUGCUGCUGCCUGUCCGUCUGUCUGCUGCAGACACAACAAAAUGUUUGCUGCUGCAGACGUCCUAUGAGAAGCUGCAGCAACUGCAGCAGACAUUAGCAGCAGCAAUAGAUUUCUAUCGUAUUCCCUGCAGCCAGCAGCAGCAGCAGCAACAGCAGCAGCAGCAGCAGCAGCAGCAGCAGCAGCAAGGGAGAGACAAUGCAGAACCUGCCGCAGCAACAAAGCAGCAGCCAGAGCCCGCAGCAGCAGCAGCAGCAUCACAAUCCACAGAAGAUGCAGCAGCAGCAGCAGCAACAGCAGCAGCAGCACGACUCUCCAUAGAAGAUGCAGCAGCAGCAGCAGCAGCAGACACAGAAGCAGCGCUGCUGCAGCCAACAGAGCUAAAGGAGGAAGCAGUCCUUAGGGAUCUAUUACUAGCUCCCCCCAACAGCAGCAGCAGCAACAGCAGUAGCAGCAACAGUAGCAGCAGCAACGAAUUGACAAGCUGGCAGCAAGAGAGAGAGGAAGCAGCAGCAGCAGUGCAGCAAUUGCUGCUGCUGCUGCACAGUGCAGCAGCAGCACUGCAGCAAACCCUAAGGAAGAGGUUGCUGCUAGAAAUGACGGAUUUGCUGCUGCAGCUGCGUGACAGUGCAGCAGCAGCAGCAGCAGGCGAACAACAGCAGCAGCAGCAGCAACUGCAGCAGCAGCAGCAGCAGCAGCAGGAGCUGCGAGCAGCAGCAGAGACAGAAUGUAUUUGUACGGAUAUCCUUGUAAGACCAUUGGUCACUGCAGCAGCAGCAGCAGCAGCAGCAGCAGUUUGCGGCAGCAAGUAUCCAAACAAUCCAUAUAAACAGCAGCAGCAGCAGCAGCAGCAGCAGCAGCAGCAGUUGCUGCCAAGGUCUCUAACGACACAAGAAGAGUCUCUUCUGCUGCGGUGUAUGCUGCAUGCUGUUGCUGCGCUGCUGUCUUCUCCUCCUUUGCUGCUGCUGCCUCUAUCUAUGAAGCUCUCGGGUGUACAGGCAGCUCAUGAUAAAAAAGGAGACACUGUCUCCUUCUCUUCUUCUCUUGAUUUGCUGCAGUUGCUGCUUAGAGAGACACUGCAGACUGCACUCCCCCCCAUACAGCAGCAGCAGCAGCAGCAGCAACAGCAGCAGCAGGAGCAGCAGGAUUAUUAUUGUGUCUGUGUAUGGUUAUCAUCAACUGCUGAGUUGCUGCGCAUUGCUGAUCUCCUCUUUGGCUUCGAGGAACCUGCUGCUGCUGCUGCUGCUGCUGCUGCUGCUGCUGCUGCUGCUGCUGCUGCUGGUAACGAGGAAGAAGAAGAAGAAGCAGCAGCAGCAGAAGCAGCAGCAGCAGCAGCAGGCAGCAGCAAGGACUAUCGUACUUUGCUGUUCUCUGGUCCGCUGCUGCCUAGCAGCAUAAAACUAUUUGAGGAAUUGCUGCAGCAGCACUUGCAUGCGGUGCAAGAAGCAGCAGCAGCAGCAGCAGCAAGUGCAGCAGCAGCAGCAGCAGCUGAUGCAUCCUCUAUAGAAAGCGAUAACCGGCUACUCAGCAGCAGCAGCAGCAGCAGCAGCAGCAACAACAACAACAACAGCAGCAACAACAACAGCAGCAACAGCAGCAGCAACGGCAGCAGCAGCAGCAGCAGCAGCAACAGCGUACAAGACGCAGCGCUGCUGCUAGCUGCUAUCUGCGCAGACACCACAGAGCUGCUGGCGCAGCUAACGCCACCAGAUAAUUGGCCAACUCCUGCUGCUGCUGCUGCUGCUGCUGCUGCUGCAGCAGCAACACCACCCCCACCGCCACCACCACCAACGCCACCACCACCAGCAGCAAUAGCAGCAGCAAGAACAGCAACGCCAGCAGCAGGGGAAGCAGCAGCAGCAGCAGCAGCAACGGGAGAAGAUGAUCCAACAGAUAAAUCACCACCAGCAGCAGAAUCAGCAGCAACAGCAGCAACAGCAGCAGCAGAAGCAGCAGCAGCAGCAAAUGUUGCUGCUGCAUCUGAUAGACAGAAAGAAAUUCCUCCAAUAUUUCGUGCACCUCAAACUGCAAGUCUUUAUGUUGGCCGCAUGCUGCAUCCGCUGCAGCAACUAGCAGCAGCAGCAGCAGCAAAUGAUAUUCCUCAG